CAACAAUAAACCCAGCUGUGUGUGCCUUAUGCUCCUGCCGAGAACGCGCGAGUAAACUUACUGCUGGAUUUCAAAUUGAUUGGACUGAAAUUCGAAAUAGCGUGUUAACGGUUCAUUUGUAUCGAAAAAUUACAUUUCACCAUCACCGCAAUGACUGGGAUAGUUUUUCUACUGUGCAUGUCGUUCGGCCUAAUGAACGGUCCAGUUUUCGCCGAUAAGAAUAAAUUGUCUAACGCCAGCUACUCGGAGAGGCAAUUAUGCCUGUCAACCAGCCUCGGAUCGCAUCAGACAUCGCAAGUAGAGAACUCCGACGAUUCCCAAAGGGCGGUACCGCUCUCUCGAAGUUCUUCGUGGUGGACCGACUUCCCCGUUCUGCCCUUGGUAUUCGCUAAUUCAAACACUAUUCCGGAGGGUCCUUGCAGGAAACAGGUGCAACGGUACCUCAAGGAACUCGCCAAUUCCACGCUGUGGGCCGUCCAGAUGUUCGACGCCUCAACGAAGCAUCCAGACGGCGUGCUACACGGUCAUACCAAACAUUUGGGAAACUUCGACCAAUGCUACAACUUACGAGCAAAACUUCCGCCGGAUGAAUUCUCUGACACUGAAGAGCCUGACGAGGUCGAGGGUCGCUACUGUUUGGUUCGCUUGCGUUACCAGCGGAAAGGUGUGGUACCGAAACGCCCGGAAAUUUUCACCCUCGACUUUGACCCAAAUCUAUCCGUCUGGAACGCGAUUGACUACAGGGGAGACUUUCGCCGUGUCAAACGACACUCUGUGUACCUGUCGCUUUGCGUUCCGGCUAGCUGCAGCUCUCAAGAUGUUGCGGCGGCGUUGACGGAUCCUUUAAAGGAGUUGGCGGACGCCCGAGAAAUAGACCUGAAUGUUACAGUGAAGCCAUCGCUUUGCCAAGCACGUAGCGAUGUCCCCAAGGAUUUCACCAUGGGGUUAAAGGUUUUUCUUAUCAUAGUUGUGGCGCUGUGCGUCCUCGUGGUAGCAGGCUCGUGGUACGACAUCAGCAUCUAUUCUCUGAAGGAACCAGCCAAGGACAACGAACUCGGAGACUUCUUCCUCUGCUUUUCCGCACGACGCAACUUGCGCUCGAUUUUUUUCACCGAGAGUUCUCAUCGUGGUCUCGAUUGCAUAAAUUUGAUCCGUUUCUUCUUCAUGGCAUGCGUAAUAUUCGGUCACAGAUUGAUGCAGUACUACGGCUACCCGCUCGUGGAGUCAACGUACCUCGAAAAGGCCUACGCCAUACCCUUUUCUUCGAUAAUAUUCAACGGACCGAUCAUCGUCGACGGGUUCUUCGGUGUCGGCGGUCUUCUUCUGGCCUACGGUGUGCUUCGUGAACUUGAUCGGAGUAAACGGUUGAAUUUCACUGCGCUCAUACUGAUCAGAUUUUUACGGUUGACACCUCUUUAUAUGCUAGUCGUCUUGUUCAAUGCUACCCUGAUGCCGAUGAUGGGAUCCGGUCCGUACUGGGAAGCCAGAGUGGGUUUUGAAAGGGAUAAUUGCGCGAAAAAUUGGUGGACUAAUCUCUUGUAUAUUAACAACUACGUACAUCCCAACAAGAUGUGUAUGUUUCAAUCCUGGUAUUUAUCGGUGGAUUAUCACCUUCACAUCAUGGGACUCUUUGUCUUAUGGGCUUAUUGGCAACUUCCGAGAAGACUGGGCUACCCGUUCCUCUGUGGUUUGAUCGCAUUGGGCAUUGCCAUUCCCUUCGUCAUUACCUAUGUUCAGGACCAGCAACCAUUAUUCCUAGGAUUGCCUUUCAUGCGGGAAACUAGAAAUGAUCCGUAUUUCGUCGGUCACUAUAUUAAAUCACACAUGAGAAUUGGUCCCUACAUGGUUGGCGUAUUGGCUGGGGCAAUUGUCUACGACCAUAAAGAUGCCACGUGGAGGCUCCCCAAGGGUUGGUCACGAUUUCUUUUUAUUUUACUGGCAGUCGGAUUCACUGUCAUUAGCCAGUAUUUGGCUACCAAGUAUUUCGACCCCAAUAGUGAGCUGCAUCCACUUGAGACAGCCGCCUACGCUGGGUUCCACAGAGCAGCGUUUGCUCUUGGAGUAUGUUCGAUCGUUGUUCUGAUCACAAUUGGGGAUGGUUUGGACUUUCAUUACAACUUUAUGACACCACGCUGGGUCCCACCCCUUGCGAGACUCACUUACGGUGCUUAUCUUGUCCACAAUAUUAAGCAAUCCUACGACGUCGGUGCUACUAGAAGCCCUCGCAUAUUUGCCAUUAACAGCUGCCUCUGGGAAUUCGUGCCAGACAUGGUCUACACCUUUGGUAUAUCUCUGCUGCUGUCGGUGGUUGUCGAAGGGCCGAUACGAAAGAUUGAGAAGUUCAUACUCACGAAACGACCAACCAAAUAUCCCGCGGAAGCAUCGAAUUCCAACGGCAUCAAAAAGAGCAACUGAAAAUGACCAAAGGCUAUAAUUAUGCGAAUUGCCGCUUUGCAUAUUGUACAAUAUAUGUAUAGGUAAACUCGUGGUUGGUACAUCGAUGUUGUAGUGUGAAUGCUUGCAUAUACCCUAGUUUGUAAUUUCGUAUCAUGUUAUUUUUGUACAUAGAAUCAUUUAUCUCGAUUACCAUAGGAUUUUUAUCUUAUACAAAUGUCACGUUCUAGUGUUAUACCCUGUAAUACAUGUGAUACUUACAGGAUUUGGGGUGACCUAGAACAAAGAUGUGAAAUAAAAUUUCAUAAUCAAGUAAGUGGAUCGUAGUAAGUUGACACCGAGAAAAACAAUUUACAUGUAUCAACAAAAAUAAAUUUGUAGUUGUUAAGCUUGCACACGUGAAAUUAAACAAGUGCAGAAUUGUAA